AUGGCCUCCUCUCCUCAGCUUUUAACCACUUUCUUGUUCACCCUUUUCAUCAAUGUAACAAUAUAUCACAAAACAGAAGCUUUGAAGGUUGUUGAUCCAACUGAUGGCUUCAUUUCUCUUCCAUUAAAUCAAUCAAACUUUGAAAUUCAAAGACCUUAUAACGUGCCAGUAGAUCAGAGAUAUUCGUACGUUGAUGGAGUUCAUAAAAUGUGGGUUUUCGAUACCGAUAAACCUCAUUUUCCUGCGAGCAAUACCAGACCUCGUACUGAACUUCGAAUAGAGGGUUACGAUUACUCUUCGGGGGUUUGGCAAUUUGAAGGUUAUGGAUAUGUGCCAUCUGGAACAUCUGGUGUGUGCAUCAUGCAAGUCUUUGGAGCACAGCUUCAUGCUACGACUCUAAUGCUUAGAGUUUACAAUGGAAACCUCUCAUACUAUAAAAAUCCUGUCAUAGUCCCUAACAUCGACAACAGGUGGUUCAAACUCAAUGUAAUUCAUGAUGUGGAAGCUAGCAAAGUCACAGUUUUCAUUGAUGGAGUCCAAAUGUUUGAAACUGAUGGGAGAGGUGGAAGUGACCAUUUCUUCAAGUGUGGAGUUUAUACACAAGAUGAUGCCUCUCAUCGCAUGGAGUCACGUUGGAAAGGAAUCAAAAUUCUUAAAAAAGAUUAA